CUUCAAUUGCUACGUUUUAGGGAUUUCAAAAUCAGAAGCCUCUGAGUCUCUCUCAGAUCCAGCAAUGGAGUCCGCCGACGAACAACCCGGACUGCUCCACCGCAUCCUCCCUCCCCGCCUCGAAGACGCCGGCCUCGAAGACUGCGCCCUCCCCCCUGAUUCAAUCCACGAAGCCUUCCUCAAAGCCGCCUCCGCCGUCAUGUCACGCGCCGCCGACGGCGAGGAAGACGACUGCGUCCACGAUCCCUGGAAUGACCGCGUCGGAGCCGAGACAGAGCUGGAUCCUCCCGGUGGCUGCGGUGGAGAGAAUGGCGGAGAUGAGGAGAAGAGGGAUAAGGUGAUUGUGGGAGGUGAAGAUGUGAGAGAGGCUGGUGGAGAUAAGGCUUUUGUUGAUGGAUUGAUUGGGUUAGAGAUUGAAGACGAGAAGAAGAAGAAGGAGGAUGAGGAUAGUAAUGAUGAGGGUCCUAUUUUGGUUGGGGGUUAUGCUUAAAGUCUUGAUCUUUGCUGAUUAGAGUUUUACUAUUUACUGGGUUUUGAUUAGCUUCUUGUAAUGUGUAAAACCUUCAGUGUUGUAAUGUAUAUAUUUGUCGUACUGGGUUUAUAGCCCAUAUUGAGUGUGAUGGAACA